AUGCUUAACAUGCCCCGGCACCUUUUUUUUUCUACGAUGCUUCUCCUCUGCGUGGUGUUGAUAUGCUGCAGCAUACAAGGUGUAUACUCUGAAGUCGAAGGCAGAGACGAAGAAAAGUGGGAGCCGGGUUAUCUGCUACCCAAAAAGCAGUCGUUUGCGAAUGUAACCAUUGAUUUGAGUGCUAAAGAUGGCUUCGAUGCUGCAACGGAUUCUUUCCGUGUCCCUGGAGUUGCUCUUGUAAAUGGCGAGGCUUUCGUCUUUGCCGAGGCGCACUCGAAAGACUCCGUUGGUGUUGCUGCUGGCAUUGCUGCAGGGAGCAUCUCGUUUGAUGCAGCGUCAGCCUCACAGGGCGGAAGAGUGAUUGAUACGGAGCUGUCGGCGUACUUUCCGAAGGAAAAUGGGUCGGGUGGAAGCGUCCCGCAUGUUACGAUGCCAACAAUCAUUACGAAUGGGAGCACGGUUUACGUUCUGCUCGGAAAGUACGGCACUACGGGCUCUGCUGGCAACAAUAAUGCACGCUACACAGACCUGCUGCUGGCAAAGGCGGUGUUCGGCGCUGGUGAAACGAGCAGCGUGCAGCCAAAGAAAAUCAACUGGACUAGCACCUACGCACUGUGGCCCUAUUUCCCCACCCAGAUUUACUACAGGGGCAUAACAGAGUUGGUGGGUGGGGGAGGCACUGGUGCUAUUUUGGACGACGGAACGCUUAUCUUUCCCGUCGAGGCCAGAAAGGCAGGAGGGACGGUGGUCUCUCUCGUCCUGCAGUCAAAAAAACCUGAGAGGGAAUGGGAGCUUUCGUGGGGCACGACUGUGAGCGGCUGCUCCAACCCCGCCAUUGUGGAGUGGGACAGGUGUUAUGGGGAACUCUACAUGAUCACCUCUUGUGAUGAGGGCUUCUACAGGGUGGUGAGGUCCCGUUACUGGGGAGAAGAGUGGAUGGAGGAAGACGCGAUACUUUCUCGCCUGUGGGGCACCUCACGCAAUCGACAAGAGAAUGGCGUUCGAAGCGGCUUUACCACUGCCACCAUUUGGGGUAAGAAGCUGAUGCUCUUCACCAUGCCGGUGUAUUCGGAGGACUCAGACAACGAAAAAAGGAAGGGCCGUCUUCAAUCGUUUGGGUNACUGACAAGCAACGUGUGCAUGACG